AUGGUUGGUUCAGCUUCUGGUUCUACCCCCACUCCGCCCCGAGCGGAGGGGGAGGGCCCUCGGGCCCCCUUGGUGCGUCGUGAUCCUGAGGAGGCAGCUGAGGAGGCCUAUGACGAGUUCAUUCGUGCUGAGUUGGGUGAGCGGGCGGCUAAGCAGGCGGCCGAGAUGGCGAGGCGUUCAGUUGAAGAGUAUAACCGCGUGUUAGAGGAAAGGUCACCCCCUCAAGCGACCCCAACACUGAAGCAUCAAAGUAUGGUUACUGAGUCGGCUGAGGACAACAAGCAGGCCGAGUUAUCACAGACGAGAGGCAUGUUGGCGCCUCUCCUCACUGGUCAGACGUUGCAAGUGGUGACCGCCCAGAUGCCGGAGAGAUAUGAUGGAGUCUCCGACCUAAGGAUCUGGUUCCGAAGGUUCGAGGCAGAUGCCAGGGCGGCCGGUUGGAACGAGCACAUGAUGGCCGAGAGAUUGG